GGCUGACAGCAACCUCGGUCCCCGGGUCCUCUUCCGGUGGCCGAGCAGCUGUGGUACCUACGUGUGCUGCUGGUCUCUUAAAUUUAAAAAAGGAUCCCGAGAGGAAAGAAUUUUUGUUACACAUCUAAAAGUUUAAGUUCAGCUCUGGCUUCUCUGGACUCAGCUUCUUAGAAGGAUUAGCAGUUCUAAAGCCAUGGCCCAGGUGCCACUGACAUUCAGUGAUGUUGCCAUAGACUUCUCUCAGGAGGAAUGGGAAUGCCUAAACUCAGAUCAGAGGAAUCUAUACAGAGAUGUGAUGUUGGAGAAUUAUACUAACUUGGUAUCACUGGACUUUGAUUUCACAACUGAGAGCAACAAAUUAUCUUCAGAAAAAAGCAGUUAUGAAGUAAAUUCAUACCAUUGGGAGACAACAAAAAGAAGCAAAACCUUCAACCUUAUGAGGUUUAUUUUCAGAAGUCAUUCAGAGAGCAGAAUUGAAUUGGAGAGAAAACAGGCACCUAAUGUGGGAUAUUUUAGUCAAAUGAUAUUCAAAAAACAUAUAUCGCAUCCUCUAUAUCAGAGGAUUCAUACUAGAGAGAAGUCAUAUGAAUGUAAGGAAUGUAGGAAAGGCUUUAGGAAAUAUUCACACCUUACUGAACAUUUGAGAAACCACAUUGAUGUGAGACCUUAUGAAUGUAAGGAAUGUGGAAAGGCCUUUGUAGUUCUCCAGCAUUUUAUUAGACAUAAAAAAAGUCACACUGACUUGAAACCCUAUGAAUGUAAUGGAUGUGAGAAGGCCUUUCGGUUUUAUUCACAGCUUAUUCAGCAUCAGAUAAUUCAUACUGGUGUGAAACCCUAUGAAUGUAAGCAGUGUGGAAAGGCCUUUAGACGUUAUUCUCACCUUACUGAACAUCAGAAAAUUCAUAUUGGUUUGAAACCCUAUGAAUGUAAGGAAUGUGGGGAAACUUUUCGAUUGUACCGGCAUAUGUGUCUACAUCAGAAAAUUCAUCAUGGUGUGAAACCCUAUAUCUGUAAGGAAUGUGGAAAGGCCUUUGGUCAUCGUUCAAGUCUCUAUCAACAUAAGAAAAUUCAUUCUGGUGAGAAACCAUAUAAAUGUAAACAAUGUGGAAAAGCCUUUGUUCGCAGCUAUCUACUUAUUGAACAUCAGAGAAGUCACACUGGUGAGAAGCCUCAUGAAUGUAAGGAAUGUGGAAAGGCCUUUAGUAGGGGCUCAAGCCUUCUUAAACACAAGAGAAUUCAUAGUAGUGAGAAACUCUAUGAUUGUAAGGAAUGUGGGAAGGCCUUCUGCAGAGGCUCUCAACUUACCCAACAUCAGAGAAUUCAUACUGGUGAGAAGCCCCAUGAAUGCAAAGAAUGUGGGAAGACUUUUAAGCUCCAUUCAUACCUUAUUCAACAUCAAAUCAUUCACAGUGAUUUGAAACCAUAUGAAUGUAAACAAUGUGGGAAAGCCUUCAGUCGUGUUGGAGACCUUAAAACACAUCAGUCAAUUCAUGCUGGGGAGAAACCUUAUGAAUGUAAGGAAUGUGGAAAAACCUUUAGACUUAAUUCUCAACUAAUUUAUCAUCAGACAAUCCAUACUGGUUUGAAACCAUAUAUAUGUAAGGAAUGUAAGAAGGCCUUUCGUUCUAUCUCAGGUCUUUCUCAACAUAAGAGAAUUCAUACUGGUGAAAAACCUUAUAAAUGUAAAGAAUGUGGGAAGGCCUUUAACCGUAGUGACCGACUUACUCAACAUCAGAGAAUUCAUACUGGUGUGAAGCCACACAAAUGUAAGGAAUGUGGGAAGGCCUUUACUCGUUGCUAUCAACUUACUCAACAUCAAAGAUUCCACAUUGGUGAGAAAUUCUUAAUGUAAUGAGAGUCAGAAAGUCUUUAGCCAUGGCAUAUCCUUUAACAUUAUCAUUCUUCUACCACCUAAUGAUGUUAUGGUAAAGACCCUAAGAGCAUAUACUAAAAAUCUAUCAUCACUCAUCCAUAUUUCAUUUCAGAUAAUUCAUUCUGGACAAAAUUCCAUAGCAUAUAUUAAACAAGAAACAAAUUCAAAGCUCAUCCCCUUGAAGAUUAAUAAUGGGAAGAAACCCUAUGCCUUUGUUGCAUAUUGAGAGUGUAGCUAUUGAAAAACUAGAAAGUGGUUGGAAGAAAUUUUCUGACAAUAAUUUCUAUAGUACAGAUAAUGUACCAUCUACAUUCCAUACAAUUCAUGGAAAUUAGAAAUUAACAAUUGGGUAGCCAAAGACAGGUGUUGAAUUGGAAAAGUUUUCAUCAUGUUUUUGAAAAAUUGCAAGUUUACAUAAAAGGUAUAACAGGAGUUCCCGUCAUGGCGCAGUGGUUAAUGAAUCCAACUAGGAACCAUGAGGUGGUGGGUUCGAUCCCUGCCCUUGCUCAGUGGGUUAAUGAUCUGGCGUAGCUGUGAGCUGUGGUGUAGGUCACAGAUGCAGCUCGGAUCCUGUGUUGCUGUGGCUCUGGCAUAGGCUGGCAGCUACAGCUCCGAUUAGACCCCUAGCCUGGGAACCUCCAUAUGCUGUGGGAGCGGCCCAAGAAAUGGCAAAAAGACAAAAAAAAAAAAAGGUAUAACAGUGGUGCAAUGAAGGUUUGUUUGCCUUCCACCUAGAUUCAGUAUAUCCUCUCUCCUGCUCUCAUAUGAAAAUACAUAUAUAAAGAUUUACAUGUAUCAUAAUUACCACAUUGU